UUGGGUAGCCUAAGGCCACCGGUCGGUGGAGGACCCUGAGGAAGCUAUGGCGUCCGGAGGUCCGCGGGUGCUGGUGGUGGGCGGCGGCAUCGCGGGGCUUGGCGCUGCACAGAGACUCUGCCGCCACUCUGCUGCUUCACACCUGCGGGUCCUGGAGGCCACCGCCGGCGCCGGGGGCCGCAUCCGCUCGGAACGCUGCUUCGGUGGUGUAGUGGAGCUGGGGGCACACUGGAUCCAUGGGCCCUCCCAGGGAAAUCCUGUUUUCCAGCUGGCUGCGGAGUUCGGGCUCCUGGGGGAGAAAGAAUUAUCAGAGGAGAAUCAGCUGGUGGAGACCGGAGGGCACGUGGCCCUGCCCUCCAUGAGCUGUACCAGCUCAGGAGCAUCUGUGAGCCUGGAGCUGGUGACAGAGAUGGGCAGUCUGUUCUAUGGACUGAUAGACCAAACCCGAGAGUUCCUGAAUUCACCCGAGACCCCGAUGGCCAGUGUUGGAGAGUUUCUCAAGAAGGAGCUAAGGCAGCAGGUGGCUAGCUGGACCGAGGAUGAGGACACUAAGAAGCUCAAGCUGGCUAUCCUGAACACCUUCUUCAACAUAGAGUGUUGUGUGAGCGGCACCCACAGCAUGGACCUGGUGGCCCUUGCGCCGUUCGGGGAGUAUACGGUGCUGCCGGGACUGGAUUGCACCUUGGCUGGUGGUUACCAAGGACUUACCAACCACAUACUGGCUUCCUUGCCCAAGGAUUCGAUGGUUUUUAACAAGCCGGUGAAGACCAUUCACUGGAAUGGGUCCUUCCAGGAAGCUGCUUUUCCAGGGGAGAUCUUCCCUGUGUUGGUGGAGUGUGAAGAUGGUACCCGCCUGCCCGCCCAUCAUGUCAUCGUCACCGUGCCCUUAGGUUUUCUCAAAGAACAUCAAGAUACCUUCUUUGAGCCACCACUGCCUGACAAAAAGGCAGAAGCCAUCAGAAAAAUAGGCUUUGGUACCAACAACAAAAUCUUUUUGGAGUUUGAGGAGCCCUUCUGGGAGCCCGACUGCCAGUUCAUCCAGGUGGUGUGGGAGGACACAUCACCCCUCCAGGACACAGCCCUCUCUCUCCAAGACACCUGGUUCAAGAAGCUCAUUGGCUUUUUGGUUCUGCCUCCUUUUGAGUCUUCACAUGUGCUCUGUGGGUUUAUUGCUGGGCUUGAGUCGGAGUUUAUGGAGACUCUUUCAGAUGAAGAAAUGCUUCUGUCCCUAACCCAAGUACUCCGGAGAGUGACAGGAAACCCACAAUUGCCAGCAGCCAAGAGCGUGCUGAGGUCUCGUUGGCACAGUGCCCCAUACACCCGAGGUUCCUAUAGCUAUGUGGCCGUUGGCAGCACUGGCGAUGACCUAGAUCUGCUGGCUCAGCCCCUCCCUGCUGAUGGAACUGGUACCCAGCUCCAGGUACUCUUCGCUGGGGAAGCCACCCAUCGGACAUUUUAUUCCACCACACACGGGGCCCUCCUGUCCGGCUGGAGGGAAGCCGAUCGCCUCCUUGGUCUGUGGGACUCACAGGUGCAGAAGCACCGGCCCAGGCUGUGAGUGUCUGCUGCUCUGCUCUAUCAGGCGGGCUGACCAAACUCCCCUGUCUGUUGGAUACAUGAUUUUCAGCUUGGCUUUGAGGUUUUGGGAUCUUACUGGUAGCUUUAACUUUGGGAAAGUGGUCUCAUUUUUCCUAUCUGUUGUUGGAGUCUGGGUUGGUCUGCCCAUGGAUGCCUCACUGUGUUGUUGCGCACAUAAAGCCGCUAAUACCGUAA